ACAAUGUGCUGUGGACCCACAACCCAUUGUUUUUAUUCCGUAUUCAACUUAUAACAUUUAAAAACAACAUAUAUUACGUGAUUUUUCUGGAUCCGCUCCCUGGAAAUAGAAAAAAAAGUCCCAUUACGAAAUCUAUAGCGUCAGUUCGCGUCACCACUGGGUACGAGGAAACCAUUUUUGCGUCGCUCCUCCAAAAAUCGCCUCAAAAUGCAAGACCAAGCGCUGGACGUCGAGGUGGAAGACGGGGAAGAAGACGUAAGCUUUUUCACGGACAUAGAUGAAUUACAAGCCCAUGGAAUUAACGCAGCGGACCUCAAGAAGCUGAAGACGGCCGGGAUUUGCACUGUCCGCGGCGUGCAAAUGACGACGCGGAGGAAAAUGUGCAAUAUCAAAGGUCUUUCCGAAGCCAAGGUGGAUAAGAUUAAAGAGGUGGCAGCUAAGGUGAGCGGCGGUGACGGCUUCGUGACAGCUCUGGUGGUGCUUGAGCGUCGGAGGCACAUCUUCAGGGUCAGCACGGGGUCAGGGGAGCUGGACAGCUUGCUCGGGGGCGGCAUCGAGAGCAUGGCCAUCACGGAGGUCUUCGGCGAGUUCCGCACGGGCAAGACGCAGUUAGCGCACACCCUCUGCGUCACGGCACAGAUCCCCAACGAUGCAGGGACUUACACUGGAGGGAAGGUCAUUUUCGUCGACACGGAGAACACGUUUCGCCCAGACCGGCUGCGUGGCAUCGCGGAUCGUUUCAACCUGGAGCAGGAGGCGGUGCUGGAGAACGUGCUGUACACCCGCGCCUUCACUUCGGAGCACCAGUUCGAGAUCCUGGACCAUGUCGCGGCACAGUUCCACGAGGAGCCAGGCAUCUUCAAGCUCCUCAUCAUCGACUCCAUCAUGGCAUUAUUCCGCGUGGACUUCAGCGGCCGCGGGGAGCUUGCAGACCGACAGCAGCGCCUCGCCCAGUACUUGUCCCGCCUGCAGAAGAUCAGCGAGGAGUACAAUGUGUCCGUCUACAUCACUAACCAGAUGACCGCCGACCCAGGGGCUGCCAUGUCCUUUCAGGCUGACCCCAAGAAGCCCAUCGGCGGACACAUCCUCGCUCACGCCUCCACCACCCGUGUCUCCCUGCGCAAAGGCCGCGGCGAGACACGCAUCGCGAAGAUUUACGACAGUCCGGAGCUGCCCGAGAACGAAGCCACUUUUGCUAUCACUGCAGGCGGUGUGGCAGAUGCAAAGGAGUGAGGACGCUCUAGUACUCCUUAGCCCCUAGCCUAUAACUUUAUAAUUUUGCCUGGACUCUCAGUUUUUUAAUCAGGGUAUAGUUUGUGUUCUGACAAGUGCGGGAGGACACAGAACCACCCACCCGCCGUAAUAUAGGAAUUGUUGUAUGUUCUUUAUUUGUCUUUAAUAUUUCAAUGCAGCACGUAUUCAUACUUCAGUGAAAUAAACACAAAUUACAUUA